UCAUACCAAAUUACCCUAACAAACGUAUCCCUAGUUUGGCAUCUUCAUCAUAUCAUCAGAAGAUAUCAACCCAAGAAAUCGAGCAGUUGUCUGAACAUGGAUGACUUUACUUCCUCUUUGAUUCCUUUACAACAAGACGAUGAUGAUUCCCAGCUUUUUCCAUAUGACCUCACAGUCCCUACCAUUCAUCCUUACCUAGACGACACUAUCCAUCAUCAAGAUCUGGGAAAUCAGGCUGCAUCUUCACUUGCUCCCCAUCAACAGCAGCAUUACGAUCAGGUGACCAGCAUCGAUGACGAUGACAAUAACAACCACCACCCCAGGGGAAGGCAGCGAAAAAAACCAUCAUCAGCUAUUCCAGCUGAUAACAAUGAUCCUGAUGACAGCAAGCAGAAAAGAGCAGCUCAUAGGGAUGUUGAGCGUCUAAGGAGGCAAGAAAUGGCUAAUCUUUAUGCUUCUCUCAGGAAUCUACUUCCUCUUGAAUACAUAAAGGGAAAGCGUUCAAUGUCUGAUCAAGUUCAUCAGGCAGUUAACUAUAUAACACACAAGGAAAAGAAUAUUAGGGAAUUGAAGGUAAAGAGGGACAAGCUUAGAAAUUUGAUGGGUGGAUCGAGCGAUCUGAACGUCAAAAGUGUUGAGGAAACAAACUCCUCGUCUACUACGUUCACAGUCAAGCAAUGCGAGAGUGGUGGUAUCGAGAUUCUGAUGAAGAAUGAUUUGGCAGGUAACUGUUUUCCUCUAUCAAGGGUACUGGAUAUGCUGCUUGACGAGGGUCUUAAUGUUGUAAACUGUGUCUGCACAAAAGUCGAUGAAAAUUUUCUUUACACAAUCCAAACUGAGGCCAGUCAUAUGGACGUUGAUAUAAUCUUUCUGCAACAAAAGCUGACUGAAAAAGUCAUGACUAGGAAAAACUUCUAACUUCUAGCCCUGGUGCAAUACCAGAAUUGGUACUCAUGUUAUAUGAGCACAGAAUUUACAAGGCUUCAAGAGUUAGAGGUUUCUGAAGAUUUCAAGUUUCCUGCCUGCUUUUUGUAAGGUUCUCAUUUAGUAAAAUGAAAACUCGGUAUUAGGUUAGUUUACAUCCGCUAUUAAAAAGAAGAAAAAAAAAAGAGUUUC